CAGUGUCUCUUUCCUCUCAGCUUGAGAUCUUUUUCAUUUUCACCCAUGAGUGAAAUACUUUCUCUUUACAUCCAUGGAGCUUUGGCUAAAUUCAUUAAAAGUGCACCCUGCCUUUGUUCGGAUGCCUUUUUAAAUAUUAACAAGUUGUCAUGUCAUCUCUGACUGGAAGAGGAGACAGAUUUGCUGCUUUGGACAGAGGAACACACAGGAACUCAGAAGUGCAGCAUCACUGUGAGCCCGCCAGCUUUUCUGCAACUAUUACCGGGAAAUACUACUGCCAACCCAAGGAGCGCCCUGCCCCCGAGGGUGCCGGAGGGACCCGAGGCGACCCACAUCGGAAUAUGUGCCAGAGAGCAGACGCUGUCCCGUCGUACAGGUCCCUGACAGGAGCCGUGGGAGACCGCGUCAGGAGUUCUCUGUUCUCUGGAAGCGGGACUUUAUGCAGAGGCACCAUGUCGAAGAAUCCCGGCUUUGGGAGGUCCGACAGGAAAGUUGCGUGUUGUGAGAAGUGCUCAGCGACUCUUGUUGCUCUCAAGAAACAAGCUCUGAGCCUGGCAGUGCACCAUCACUUCUCCUGCAAGGACUCUAGUGAUCUGUCUGGGUUUCUUCAUGACAACCUUCGUGUUCAUAGUCGCUCCACCAAUGAGUCCAGGGACAGAGAGAGGGAGCCGGGCGAGUGCGGAGCCUGUGGUGUAACCCUGAACCAGCUCAAACAGGAGGCUAUCCUAUUAGCCCUGGGCGGGGGUCAGCCAUUAGCGAAGCCCCCCUUUGAACCCAGCUUUAGCAUCGGUUCACUGCUGGGACAGAAUGACACAAAGCAUGGAGACAGAGCUCAACGUGAGGCAUCUACAGCUGUGCACCAACCGCGCAGCCUCACCCAGAGUCCUCACACCCCAAGGAGCCCAAGGACCCCUCAGAGGACGCCUCAGAGGACCCCUCAGAGUACCCCUCAAACUCUCAGACGAAGGGGGCCCAAGCCCCUCAAUGUGGACAUGGACCGCUGGGUGGAAGAGCAGCAGCAGCUGGUCGCGUCUAAGUCUGCGUCCAACACUGAUGGUGUCACCACGCACCCUCACCGCCAGGCUGCAGAUGAUGCUACGCUGGCCUGUGGUGAUGUUGGGACAGUGCAGACUAGCUCAAAGAUCCCCCACAUAUCCAGAGUGGUAAACAUCGCCAACACUGCUGCAAUGUCCCUUUUAGCCAGGGCAGCCGAGAAGCUCAACCUGACACUGAGGAAAAGGGGCCAGGCUUCUGAUCCGGCUCCCGCUCAUUUCUCCACCUGCUUCAGGGAGAUGAUCCAGAAAAGCCCGCCACCCGUACCCUCCUGCCUGCUCCAAGCUGCCACUAGGACCAAAGACUCACCCAAUGUUGGCAAGGUCAGAGUCAUGCUGAGGGUGAACCCAACACUGUUCGAGGGCCAAAGUCAACCACCUGUUCUCCGUGUUGAACCGUCCAAGAAUAGAGUCAUCAUAAUGGAGCCAAUCAGCAAAAGCCAAACACACUCCACGAUGACACUAGACAGGGAUAGCAAACGUCUUGUGAAGACCUUCAACUUCGAUGCUGUCUAUCCUCAAGAGUCAAGCCAGGCUGAGGUGUGUGCAGGCGUCUUGGCUGACGUCAUCCGCUGUGUGCUCAGUGGAAGCGAUGGAUGUGUUCUGGGUUUGGGAUGUGCUGAUGUGGGCUCCUGGUCUAGCAUGGUGGGGAGUGGUGAGAGCACUCAGAAGCUUGGGCUUAUUCCACAUGCCAUCUCCUGGCUGUACAGUGCCAUCGAGCGGCGGAGGGAGAAAACCUGGACCGAGCUGACUGUAUCAGUGUCUGCUAUAGAGCUCUGCUGUGGAGAGGAAGACACUCUGAGGGAUCUUUUGGGGGAGGUGGUUCACUCAUCAGGCAGUAUCCAUGACAGUCCUAAGGCUCAUGUUAGACUCCAGGAGGACCCUGUCUAUGGGAUACAGCUACGUAACCACAACCGGGUGAAAGCUCCCACUGCCGAGCGAGCUGCAUCCCUUCUUGAUGCAGCCAUUGCAGCGCGUCGGCACAACGACUUCAUUACGUAUCUGUCCCACAGCUCCAUAAUGUUUUUCACUCUCUACAUCCAGCCCCCUCGCACAGAGAGCAGCACCAUCGGCAAAGGUGCACGAGGCGUCACUAAGUUGACUAUGAUAGAUGUUUGUAGUGGUAUGAGGGGUAUGAGGCCAAAUAAGCCUCCAUUUUCUGAGCUCGGCCCUGUUGUCUUGUCUCUGCUAAGUGGACCCAAAACUAUCCCCAACAAGGGAAGUAAGUUGACGAUGCUCCUUCAAGAAUCCAUGGGUCAUGUAAAUUGCCAUACCACCGUGGUCGCUCAGGUUUCUGAUUCUUUGGCACAUCUUCAAGAGGCAAUAUCCACCAUCCAGAUGGCUUCUCGCAUCCGCAAGACCCAGAAAAGGACAAAGUCCCCCGCAUGUUCUCCUCGUGGAAGGAGUUUGACAAGAGAAAAGAGAGGACCUACGUCUUUUUCCCUGCGGGCGUUUCACUCCACUGAAGAGGUCGAUGUUGACGUCCCUCGUUUCCAUUUGCGCGGAGAAGUGGGAGAGCGCUCCAGUAGCGACCAGUCCUGUGACACAGUCAUCCAAUUGGACUCGUACGGCUUGGUCCAGUCCAAAGUAACUCCAAGACUGGCACAACCCGAAUUUGUUCCAAUUAUACCUUCUUUGCAUCCUAACAAGGCCGAUAUGGACGACCCAGAGUUCACUGCUCUGCUCCAAGAGCUCUUGAAAAUUCCUCAGCUGCAGGGAGCAAAGAAUAAGGAGGAGACAGUUCAAGGGAAUAUCGAAGUGCUGAAAGCAGACUUGAAGCAGCCAGGGAGGGACUGUCUUAAAUGUGACACAUUUGCUGAACUUCAAGAGCGUUUGGGCUGUAUUGAUGGAAGUGAGACAACAAUGGAUGUGCUCAAAUCCUCCUCAAAAGGCACCCCUGUUAAUGACGUGACAACCAAAUCCCAACCCCCCAAAGAAUCAGGGAAGCAUACAGAUGCUAAAUCAUCAGAUGCCCCACAGACUCAACUGGAUCAGGCAUUAGGUUGCAGUCAAACAUCUGCUGGAGGACAGCAAACAGAUGGUGCCUUACCUGGGGACAGUUUUCAGAGAGAAGAUUCAGGUCUGUAUGAUUGUGAGGAGUGCAGUGGAACCAGUUCCAGUGAGGAACUGCUGAACCAAACUCUAGGUAUUAACAUGCCCUGCUGUUCUGAACUGCCCAAAAAGGAAACUCUUAAAUCAGGUGAUAAGCCCCCUUCUCAGGACUUCAGUGUUGAUGCUAAGGGCACAGCUACUACUAGUUCUCCAGCACUUCAGUCCACAAGCAAACAGGAGAGUCCUGAAGCUGCCGAAUGGUUCAAACCAGACAAAAGGUCUUCACCAAUCGGCAAAAGCUCCCCCAUAUCUCCACCUUCCUCCUGUUCAUCCUCACACUCCUUGGCUACCAAUGUUAUACUGGGAGAUGUACCUAAACGCCCCUUAGAGGACAUUAAGGAAAUGAAGGCCACUAUCACAGUAACUGUUCAACAGCCACUGGACCUAAAAGGUCAAGAUGAACUUGUCUUCUCAAUGGUAGAGGAGGUGACCAUCAGUGGAGCACUGGACAGAGGGAGAACAGGUGGAAACAUUAUUUGUAUCAGGGACAGUGCACAAUCCCAGGCACAUGUUCAAGGCGCUGGAAGCUCACAACCAAUCAGGAUAAUCAGCAAUGUCACAGAAGAGCCGGUGGCUGGAAGUACCUCCAUUCCAAACAAAAGUCUUGCAGUUCAGUCUGGAGCGAAGGAAGCGAGCAUGGAAGAGCCCCAGCAGCCCUUCAGAAAGGAGAAGAGGUUCUUGCCUUCAUUUAUAAAUCCCAUGCUAGUUGAUACAGAUAUGGAUUGUGAAUUGAUUUGCGUGAAAGAAAACGAACAUCCCCAUGACUCUUUUCCAGGAGUCGGGUCAUCAUCUGAGCUCAGAGGUAAUAAUGUCAAAUGUGAAGAGCAUAGUAAGGCUCCAGAGCAGAGGAUUGGGGCUUUUGCCUGCAAGAAACAUGCAAAAACGUCUGAAAAAGUACAUGAAUCAUCUUUUAGCCGAAAUUCUGAUGACCUAUUGGCUUUCUGCAAUGAAAAUGCAGAAAACAAAAAACAUGAAAAGAGGACGCGAAAUACAGACAAUAAUCCCCCUAGGGAAACAGAGCAUGUUUACUCUAGUAAGACUCCAAGGAGACCAGAUGGGGGAGAAGUCAGUUCCAGACAUGUUGGAAACGGCCCUCAGGGAACUGGUGUUCCACCUGGUUGCCAAGAAACCAUCCCUGCUUACUUUAAAACAGGUAGUUUGCCUAGAGGCUGGCAAAAUGCCAAUCUCAAGGACAGCUACUAUGGUGCACACAUGACAGACUACCACAGAACCCCAAGGGGGGUGACAUCAUCCACCCCUUGUAGCCCAGGGGUAACUCUAGAGAGGAGGCAGGGCAGACAGCACUCCCCAGUGACCCACAGCCACCAUGUCUCCUCUCCUCGGAAAUAUGGAGCGGAGUACAAAAUGCACGGCAGUAGUGCUGCUAAAAAGGGUGUUGAAUCUUUGUUUGAGACGUCAAGUUUCAGAAUGAAACAUGGUCAUAUGAGUGGUAGGCCGAUGUCCCCUAUUGAGGACAGCGGUAGGCUUUUCAGUGCCAAACUGGAGUACCUUGGUACCAGGUCUAAUUCCCUUGGGAGAUCCCAAAGAGACUUCCCAAAUCUUGAUAGAGAGGGUAGUAACACCUCUUUGAGCUCUAAAGGCAGCUCUAAGGGAAGUACUGAAGGAUCCUCUAAGCGAGGUUACAGAGGACAUAAUGAUGAAGAUGAUACAUUACCCAGGGCCAGUAGGAGCACAAGGAAGAAUCAGCGGUCUGACCAGAAUCAUCAUGCAUUUCAUUCUGAAAACCCUGUAACUCAAUCUGCUAGGCAUAUCCAUUCCAAGCUUUCUGCUGUUGGGAAGCUUAAGAUGGCUAGCCCUAAAGUCCGCCGACUGUCUAUUCCAAGCAUCAAGAACCUCAGUCUUCCCCACAAAAGCCUGCGACAGUCUGUCAGCCGCAGUGCCAGUCUCUCUCCAGACAGUAAAACGGUGAGCUUUGAGCGGGCAUCCUCCUUUCUGUCCUCGUCCCCUCCGCGUUCUUACCAAUCAAUCAGUCGGACUCCAAGCCAGAGCUCCACAUGUUCAUCCACAAAGUCUGCCAUCCAGGGGUUUGUCAAUGGCCGAAUCACAGACCUCCUGAAGGAAAGGUCUUCCAGUCCCACUUCAGGAGCUUUUGACCAAUUGGCCCCACUCCCCUCCCCAUACAGCCAGGUGACUGCCCCCCGCAUGCCUGAUCACAUGAGUGGGCAUGCAAGUGACACCACCAGUGUGCUGAGCGGAGAUUUGCCACCAGCUAUGGGAAAGACCUCGUUGCACUUCUCAAACAGGAACAGUACGGUGAGCAGUGGAUAUGAUAGCAUGAUGAGGGACAGUGAAGCCACAGGCAGCAGCACAUCAACCAGAGACUCUGUCAGCGACCGGAGUGGCUCUCUUCUCAGUGUGGCUCGCAGCAGUCGAUCAUCUCGGAGGAGGGGGAACACAGGUACUCACCAGCGUCGUCUUUCCCAUGAUACACCCCAGUCCCUGAGACGCUCGUCUAGUGGACUGCGGUCCCGCUGGGCGGAUCGGGGAAUCCCAGAGGCCUACGAGUUCAAGGUCUAUGAGAUCGACAAUAUACAGAGGAUGCAAAAAAGAUCAGGUGCUGGCAAACAGGGGCCUGCGAGCUUCAGUGCCAAGCUGAAGUUUUUGGAGCACCGUCAGGACAGGAUCUCAGAUGUCCGGGCCAAAUACAACAACCUCAGGAGAGAGCUCGAGCAGGCCAAACACAACCUCAUGCUGGAGCCCACCAAGUGGAACCAAGAAUUGUCACCUUGCUGUCCUCCUCCAGUCGACCUGUGGCAGACCUUCGAGGUGGACUCCCUGGAGCAUCUGGAAGCCCUUGAAGGGGUGACUGCUCAGCUGGAGAAGAGGCUCAACAUCUGCAAGGCCAAUGUUAUGAUGGUCACCUGCUUUGACGCUACAACCAGGAGGCGGCACAGGAAGCGUCGGACAAAAACACAGCAGAAGAGAGCCUUAAAGGGAAUUUGAGUUGAACUGAUAUGACGUUACUAUGACUACCUAUCACUUUGAUGUUUUUAGAUGAUACGUUCAAAAUCCGUAUAUCUGCAACACACUUUAUCUCAAUGCAUAUUUAAAGUGCCACAUUACCUCUGGUUCUUUUUGAACUAGGUGCUACAGACUAAGUGUUAUGUCUUAUAACUAGGUGCUGCCUGUCACGUGAUCAGUGGUUUGAAGCCAGAGUUUGAAUAUUUUCACCUUGACCUCAUACAGCCCUUUCUUUGCACUACGUUUCUUCCUGGAAUUCUUCAGGCACACUUCUAAAGGGCUUUUAGCUGGUACAAUGCAAUUAGAAACCUUUUCAUGGCACAAACUAAAAUGAUCAACUGUCACUACCUGUAUUAUCUGUACUUCAAUAUGUAGAUUAAUUUGCUUUUUAAAGCUUACUAAAGUUUAUUUUGAGCUUUCAGUUCAGAUAGAUGCUGACAAGACGUUUUAGUGAGGCUAAGGGACAAAUCCUCCUCUCCUGUUAAAGAAGCUGUUGAGGAUUCAGAUAUAAAACUCAUGCAAUGUCCUGAACAGUCUGUUUUUGUUUUGACCAUGAGAAGUAGGUUUCUAUGGCACUCCCUCAUGGCCCCUUGGGUUGCCAGGCAAACAGCAAACCAGCAAUGGAAGCGGGCAAGAGAACUGGUUCAGAUAGAAGUGAGUCUACCCGACGUAAAAACCUAAGCAUUUUUCAAUAAGCUCCACGAGUAGAAACAUGGUAAAACUAGGAUAAAUAUUGGAAAUGCUUUUAAAAAAUUAAGAGAGGUUAAAAGACAAAAAGGUUUCAAGACUGAUGCAGAGCUGGCUAAACACUGAAGCUUCAGUGUCCGCAACAGGGCAACCUAUGUGCACAUCGAGUGGGUGUGUGCAGACAGCUUUUAAACACCAGGUGUCAGAGUUACAUAUUGCUCCUUUAAGGUGAUUAAGGUGAACGGACUAUGCAUCAAUGAGUCAUCAAAAAGGCAUCCAGCCUUCAAUGUGGUUUAAUACAGACAGAGCACUUGAUAUUUGAAAUAACAAUGUAUAGAUACUAAACAUUUCUGCAGGAUUUCCCCUUGAGCACUUUAAUCCGGCUGCUAAUAGUUUGAUUUUACGUUUCUGAAGCAACGAGUUGAGGAUUUGAUGCAUUCCUCAAAAGCUUUUCCAAAAGCUUAUGCUGACCGAACACUGUUAGAGCAGAAUUGCAGCAUUAUUUGGGAGCAUUUUACUUAGUUUAAUGUAAUAUUUGUAUUUCUUUAAGUGUCUUAUAAGAUGAAGUAAAAAUGGACUCGGUCUGAGUCUAAUGAAACGUUUGAUUCGCCUGCUCAAGAGGUGGUGUUACCGUCACUGUUAUAUUUAAAAGGACUGUUUCAAAAGGAAUAUGCCAUUUUGUAAAUAGCUUUCAGUGCUGAAUACAGUUAUAGAAUUAAA